AAUUACGCACAAUGUGGACAAUUUCAUGCAACUGCAGGGUGAAGACUCGCAACUUGGUGGGAUCUCACUCAGGAAUGUGUCGUCUGCGCGCACCUGGGACCGCCGGAGACAUGCAGGGGCGACGCGUUUUAGCCCGUUUCCACUCUGUUUUAUGAUACCGAGCCGCCGCGUACCUGCCCGUGAUGGGGAGAAGCGCAUGGAGCUGCAGUGCCGUGAUCUUUCUGGCCAUCGUCUGCUCGUGUCGUGCCGCCACUCUAGAGUCCAUCCACUGGAGCAGCUCCAAUGCAAAAUUUACCCCGGGUCAGGGUCUGGUCCUGUAUCCUCAGAUAGGGGACAAGAUGGACAUUGUGUGUCCCCGGGCAGACGCUUCCUCGGGGGGAAAGGAGGAGUUCUACAGAGUGUACCUGGUCUCCCGCAGUCAGAUAGAGAGCUGCACCAUCGACAAGACGGAUACACCCCUACUGAACUGUGACAAGCCUCACCGGGAUGUCAAGUUCACGUUCAAGUUCCAGGAGUUCAGUCCCAACCUGUGGGGUCUGGAGUUCCUCAAGGGGAAGGACUAUUAUAUCACUUCCACAUCCACAGGGGUUCUGCAAGGUCUGGAUAACACUAAUGGAGGGGUGUGUAGAAGUAAAUCCAUGAAGCUGGUGCUGAGAGUCGGCCAAAGCUCUUCAGAUCCACCUUCAACACUCCAGGAGUCUCCCACCAGAUUCCCGCCCACACGACCAAAAUCCAAGGCCAAGGCCACCUCUGCGGAAGAAAACGAUACAAAAAGCAAAACUGACGCAGGCUCAGAAACAGGACAAACAAACCCCAGUGGUGGUGGCUCUAAGCCGGGGCCGUUUGUCUGGGUUUUCUCCGGCUGUGUGAUCCUCCUUCUGGUCAUUGUUGUCCUGCUGGUCCUGCUCUGGAGGUACCAUCACCGCCACUGUGUCCCGGAGAACCAGCAGUCUGCCUCUGUGUCCCUCAACACUUUGGCCGUGCCAAAGCGGGACAGCAUCAGCAGCGACAACAUGGGCUCAGACCGCAGUGAUGUUGUCUUUCCUCUGCGGGCUUCUGACAGCAUGGUCUGCCGUCACUAUGAGCGUGUGAGCACCGAUUAUGGGCCCCCUGUGUACAUAGUGCAGGAGAUAACGCCCCAGAGUCCCACCAACAUCUACUACAAAGUCUAAUGUUUGCUGCUCUAACGCCAGUCUUUUGCUAAUAUGUUGAUAAUCAUAAAUUCCAGCCGUUGUGGACACGCUCAGGCUGCAGUCUGUUACACAAUGCUCCCAUGGUUACAGCUGUGAAGUUUGUAGCGUGUGAAGAAAUGUGGAGUCUAACUGGGAGCUGUGUUGCACUGACAGACAGACAGACAGACAAGCAUCAGUCCUACUCUUGUUCAGGCCACACUGCACCAAGUGCACAAAAAACUGUUGAACCACUUUGUUUUCUUAGUGAAGAGACAAUCAGAGAGGAAACUGAUGUGUCAUAAAUAUCUUUCAGUAGUCAUGUUCAGUUUGUUUUGUGAGAUAUUUCCAGAUGUGCGCAGCAAACACCCGUUUGUUUCAUUUCUAUUUUACAGAGAAAUCAGUUGUUUCUCUCUGUCUCUGCCACUGAAUGUGGCAGCUUCUGGUGUAUAGUGAAUUUGUAUUAUAUUUCAUUUUUUCAUAAAUUGGGGGGAAAAAAAGAUUGAUAUUGCACUUCAACACACUGAAUUUGGGAGCACUUAAAUCUACUGUGGGGGUCCAAAAGUCUGAGGCCACUUUCCAAUUCAUAAACUUUGUCUGAAAGCUGUUCAGUGAAAUGAAAAUCAUUUUUGAUUUUGUGGCUUGUAUUUGAAG